AUGGCUCUUAAAAGAAUCCAGAAGGUAACAAUUCUAGAUGAACUUCCAAUUUAAGAUGUGCCUCUUCAGGAACUGCAAGAUCUGGGACGUGAUCCCCCCGCGCAGUGCUCGGCUGGACCAGUCGGUGACGAUUUGUUCCAUUGGCAAGCUACGAUCAUGGGACCACCAGAGUCUCCGUACCAGGGCGGCGUCUUCUUCCUCACCAUCCACUUCCCGACAGACUAUCCAUUCAAGCCGCCAAAGGUUGCGUUCACCACCCGCAUCUACCAUCCGAACAUCAACUCAAACGGCAGCAUCUGUCUCGACAUUCUCCGCUCGCAGUGGUCGCCAGCGCUGACCAUCUCGAAAGGUAACGCUUUCCGACCGGAAAUCGCCUAAUUUUCUAAACUUUCAGUCCUGCUCUCGAUUUGCUCGCUGUUGUGCGACCCGAAUCCAGACGAUCCGCUCGUGCCGGAGAUCGCUCGCAUCUACAAGACAGAUCGCGAAAGGUAUAAAACAAAUGAAGAAUUCACAGGUUCAGUCUGUACUAUUUUCCAGGUACAACCAACUGGCGAGAGAGUGGACACAAAAGUACGCGAUGUAA